AUGGGUUUUCCUUUGCUGUUUCAAGUCCCUGCCUCUGGUUCUAAAGGUGGCCUAGUGGUGGCUUGUAAGUUUGGUAUUGAAGCUGAGCCGGUGAUUCAAAACAACCAUCAAAUUUCUAUUUUGAUUUACUCAGAUCCGGUCUCUACCCCAUGGAUGGUCACUUUUGCUCAUGCUCCUUCUAUUUGGCACGAUCGUAAUUCGUUCUGGUUAGACAUUGAGCGCACUGGUAAUCGGUUUCGGGGCCCCUGGCUUCUAAUAGGUGAUCUUAAUGCAAUUCUCUCCUCUGUUGAGAAAUCUGGUGGCCGACAAAGUCUUGGAUCUACAUCUCACAACAAUUUUUUGGAUUUUGUUCAUUCUAAUGGUCUUAUAGACCUUGGCUAUUCUGGCAAUCCUUUCACCUGGAACAAUAAAAGACAAGGGCGGGAUAAUCUCCGUGAAAGGCUUGAUCGUGGGCUCUCUAAUAAGGACUGGGUCCUCCUUUUCCCCAAUGCCCAUAUUUCCCAUCUUCCCGCUUCUUCCUCGGAUCAUAAUCCCAUUUUGUUGUCUACUUUAGGAAAUUCUCCCCAUCUACCCAAACCUUUUAAGUUUGAGGAAUUUUGGACUCGGGAUCUUUCUAGUCAUACUGUUAUUGCUGAUGCCUGGCAAUUUAUCCCCAAUGGUUCAGCUGCUUUCUCCUUGUGCAGAAAAUUUAAAGCCACCAAAGCUGCCCUGAAGCUUUGGAAUACUCUUCAUUUUGCUCCCGAUCCUUCUUCUUCGGCUAUAGAAGAGAAUCUCCAUCUUAAUCUUCAAGAAGAACUUCUCCGAGAAGAAAGUCUUUGGAAACAAAAAUCUCGGGAACUUUGGCUUACUAGCAAUGAUCUAAAUACUAAGUAUUUCCAUGCCUCUACUGCGAUCCGGCGCAGGUAUAAUUCUAUCUCUUCCAUCAAAAUGGAAAAUGGCCUAUUUUUGAAUAACAGGAAUGAUAUAGGUCUCUAUUUUUCUGAAUACUUCCAGAAUCUGUUUACUUCCUCAAAUCCCUCUUUUGAUGAUGAACUAGACUCUCUUUUCUCCCCUGUGAUUUCCGAUGCGGAGAAUAAUUCUAUCUGCAGUAUCCCUGAUGAAAGUGAGAUCAGUCAAGCAAUCUCCCAGCUUGGCCUCACAAAGGCUCCUGGUCCAGAUGGCUUUACUGGUCUUUUUUUCAAAACUUAUUGGAAAACAAUCCGUAUCAGUUUCAUUCUUUUUGUCCAGAGUUUUUUCCGAAAUGGUUUUCUCCUCAAAGAGUUUAAUCAUACUCAUUUGGCCCUUAUUCCCAAGAUAGAUAAUCCUCUUAAGGUGACCCAAUUUAGACCCAUAAGUCUGACUAACUUUUCUUAUAAGAUUAUCUCUAAGAUCUUGGCUAACCGGUUUAAGCCUUUGCUUCAUAAAAUUAUUUCUCCAAAUCAAUCUGCAUUUCUCCAAGGCAGGUCUAUCCAGGAUAAUUCUGUACUUGCUCAUGAGCUAUUCCAUACUAUGAAGCAGAAAAGGGGUAGAGGUGGUCUUAUGGCUCUGAAAUUAGACAUGGAGAAAGCUUUUGAUAGAAUGGAAUGGAGUUUCCUCUUCCGUAUUUUGAAAUCUUUGGGCUUCCAUUCUAAAUGGAUUCGAAUGAUUGAGCAAUGCAUCUCUACAGUGUCUUUCUCUAUUCUAUUGGAUGGCUCCCCUUUUGGCAGAUUUUUUCCACAGCGUGGUCUCAGACAAGGGGAUCCCCUAUCUCCUUUCCUUUUUAUCCUUGGUUUGGAAGUGCUCUCCAGGCUAAUUAUCAAAGAAGAACUGGCUGGUAACAUUCAUGGCAUCAAAAUCUCUCGGCACAGCCCUUCAGUUUCUCAUCUACUGUAUGCGGAUGAUUUGAUGGUGUUCUCUCGGGCAAACUCCUCUGAAGCAUCCAGUAUACUAAAUUGUUUGACAAAAUUCUCCUCUUGGUCUGGACAAAAGGUAAAUAUGGAAAAAUCUUCUCUGUUCCUCAGUAAAAACAGUACUACUGCCAUCUUAACUUCCAUCCAUUCUAUUCUUCAACUGAAACCCAUCCCUACCAAUGCAAAACACCUUGGCCUCCCCCUUUUCUUUCUCAGAAACAAGAAUCUGGCCUUUGAUGAUCUUAAGCUUAAGAUUCUCAACAGAAUUUCGGGUUGGAAGGCUAAACUCCUCUCUCAGGCAGCCCGUACUACCCUUAUCCAGACCGUUGCCAAUUCCAUCCCCAGCUAUACAAUGUCCCUCUUCUACCUUCCCAAAUCCUUUUGUCAUUCUAUAGACUCUAUUUUGAGAAAAUUUUGGUGGGGUUUUCCCCAGGAUAAAUCCCACAAUUUAUCCUUAUUAAGUUGGGAUAAAAUUUGUUCCCCCAAAGCGGUUGGGGGCCUCGGUCUCAGGUCUCUAGAAUAUCAGAAUAUUUCUCUUCUAUCCAAGCUUGGUUGGAAUAUGUUACAUGAUCGUGGCUUAUUUUGGGUUGAAGUUCUUGCUUCCAAAUAUCUUCGUCAUACUAAAUUCUUAAAUUCAAAGCCUUCGCCCACAGAUUCUUGGUUAUGGAAAGGUAUCCUUAAAUGUAUGCCUUCUGUUCAAAAGGGUGCUUGUUGGAUGAUCUCCUCUGGGCUGAAUUUGAAUAUUUGGGAUGAACCCUGGAUUCCAAAUAUUGAAGGUUUUAAACCUACCCCUCAUCCCUCUCUCCCUUCUCUUCCCAACUUAAAUAUUUCUGAUCUCUUCUCUUACCCCUCUAGAGGUUGGAAUACCCCCCUUAUACUUUUUAUUUUUGAUGCCCUCACAGCAUCUAAAAUCCUUGAUAUCCACCUUCCUCACAACCCUUCUCCUGAUCUAUGGUCUUGGAUCCCUUCCCCAACUGGCAGAUUCUCAGUUAAAUCAGCCUAUGAAGUGAUCAAUCCUUUAUCCAGUUCCACCAUCUCCCCUUUGUGCCCUUUGGAUUGGAAGUUGCUGUGGAGUCUUAAGAUCCAGUUUCGACUAAAGCAUUUUCUGUGGAAAUUAGCUUGGAAUAUCUUGCCUAUUAGACCUAAUAUUUUCAGGUUUUUGCAUCAGCAAGAUCCGGAUAUGCUCUGUUGCCCUUUUUGCCAACUCUCAGUGGAGUCUCUUCAACAUAUAUUCUUGAGUUGCCCUUUCUCUAGAAUUAUGUGGCAGAAUUCCCUCUGGCCUUUGCACACGGUUUCUUUCUCUUAUUUGCCUUUUGUUGAUUGGAUUAAGGCUUUGCUUCGGCCUCAUUUCUUUCUUGGCAUCCCGGUGCAAGAUGUGCAUAGUUUUCAAAUUUCUACUUUGGUGCUAAUGGAUCAGAUUUGGUUUGCUAGGAAUAAACUUAUUCAUGAAGCCAUUACCCCUGUACCUCUCAUUACUCUUAAAUGUAUCAAGAACAUUACUCAGCAUCACUUGCUGGCUUGGCAGAAUAGCAACUUGGCUGAUUGGGAUCCUCCUCCCUUAGGUUCUUUUAAAGUCAACUUUGAUGUGGCCAUUCGUCCUACUUUUGCAGUUGCUGCUGCAGUUCUCCGAGAUCACUCUGGAAAAUUUCUGGCAAUAAAUACUCUGAAGCUGCCCCCUAUGGAUGCCUUGAUGGGUGAAGCCCAUGCAGCAUUAUUGGCCUCCAGAUUGGCUGUCUCAAUGGGUUGUUCCCCCCUGAUCAUUGAAGGAGACUCUCUUCUCACUAUUUUGGCUUUGAAAGAUCCUUUACUUUUCUCAGACUGGAUCUCUGCACCAGUAAUUUCUGACUCUCUUGUCCAAUUGUAUUCCAUAAAUGUUUGGAGUGCUCUUAAGAUAUCUAGAUGUGCUAAUUUAGAUGCACACCUUGUAGCUGGAUGGGCCGCUUCCCACCUUGUGUUCGGAAGCAUUCCCACUUUUUCACCUUUCAUUUCCUCUAUCAGAUUAAGGAGUGGAAAGGAUCCUCCUUUGUAA